CUAGAUACCAUCUCUACAACUUCCACCUACCUGCCAAUGUCGUUUGUCAACCGAUUGGCCAAUACCAACUGAUACGAUGCUGCUCAUCCGCACACCUUUUGGACUCCCCUUCACGACGCCGGAACGCAAACUCCUGACGCAUCCGCCGCGUGCACUGAGAUACAAGACCACAACAGCCGGCGGAAUCCUCCUCUGGGCCGAACGUAAUUUCAUCCCUAGCCCCGCCUCCCUCAAUCAACUCCGCAAGAACACGGGCAAGCCUCCUUUCCAAGACUGGAAGUUCCUGGGCCUACAGCGCGAUAUCAGAUACACCUACUUCGACCUGAGCACACGAAAGCAGCUUCCGCUUACUAAGGCGGGAAUUUACUUGCGCUUAGAGCCACCUUUCGACUUGCGAGUCAAAGUACGCCAGGACGGUGACGCUAUCAAUGGACGGUUUAGGAAAUACGAAGGAAGGGUCGGGACACAGACUGUGAUGACCCAGUGGAUAGAGAAGCGCAAGAGAGGUUCAAGGCCAAAUAUCGCCCCGAUAGCAGACUUCAAAUUCGACAGAGAAGAAUGGGCAGUAGGGAAGUUCAGAAUCGUGCUGGACGAAGCGCAAUUCCACCAUCCGAUAUUCGGUCGCUCCGUUGACCAUAUCAUAGGAAAGGUGGAAUUGUGUCAGAAAGUCGAAGAUGGGAAGGAGAAGGUGAUUGGAAGGCAUAUGGACUCGAGGAUCAAAGAAUUCAUGAAAAAGCAUCGUUGGGCUUUCCCUUACACUGAGAAUGUACCGCGGACGGCGGGAUUUGCUAAAGAUUGGGACCUGGGCAAGGAGCUGGAGUGGUUCAAUUGGGAGAAGCGGUGGCAACGGAACCCAGAGACUCUCCUGAGCUUGAGGCCGUUGCAGAUUCAGGGAAAAUUGAGGGCCUUUCACCAGUGGAAUGGCUGGAGUGAUUGGACGGUCGAGUCAGACCAAUGA